AUUAACAGAAUUAUUUAGCUUAUCAUUAUCUAGGCAAUUUUCCCUUUUGGAUGGGGCCCAUAGAAGGUGGGGCCAGUGCAGCAGUUGCACUCUGCUAAAAAUGGCUCUGUCUCCAUCCAUCAUGGAUGGAGAUAUGUGUUGGGGUCUGGCCAGGUGCAGCACGAGACAAAGUGGUCACCUUUCCUCUCAGUAACAUCCUUACCCAUACGAAGUUGGACAAUUACCAAACACACCUGCAUCAUACCAAUCCCGCGUAUCUUCUGUAUCUCUUCGUCAUCCUCAGAGAACGUGUUCACUGAGUGAAACAUUCAAGUGGCACAGACCCCUGUGACUGGGCAAUAAUUUUCUCUAGCCAAAGUUUUCACAUUAAUUUUGUCUAGUGUUCUAUUCCUAAAUCUCGAACAUAAAAAUUAAUUUCUUUGAUUCUGGUUUUUCUAUCCAGUCUUAUUAAAAGGAGCAACACAAAUCCAUUGGCAGUUUAACACCUUUGUACCUCACAGUAAUGCAGUCACCCUAUGAAGCAGUUCUAGGGGUAAUGUGGCUGCCAGUGUGAUCAGACCAUUUCCUUUAACAGAAAUGAGAAGAGAUUACGUCUUAAUAUUGCACAAUGGUUGCUGAAGACAUCCUGCAGUUGUUAGAUGUAAUGCUCAGGAACUUAAGGCUGCACAGAGCUGUGCAGCUGUAGAAUAUACACAUAAAACCUGAGUAUUAAUAAGUAACUAGUUCAAUAAAAACAAAUGAAGUUCACAAACUAGCUUCCAGUACUUGUAUUCCUUUGCAAUGUGAAGUGGCAUUCGAAACCCAUGUGGUGUCCUAGACGAGCAUCACCGCUGGCGCCAAGCUGCAGUGAAAUCAGUGAGAUGGAUUGGGGGGAAAAAACAGAGUAAAAGAUGUCGACUGGUUUGGUGCCGGUUGCUAAAUCGGUACCCCGUCUGAGGACACCACCCCAGGCUACAUGAAUAUCGGAUAUGUGAAUGAAUUCAAAUGCAUGAGCAGAAUUUAUAAAUUUACUGCGAAUGCUCAUAGGGUAAUUACAAGAUGGCUGUUACUUGACUAGGCUUGACUCCCACCAUAUAGGAAAGGGUGUGAUGAACUUCAUCUUCACUUCCUGUUAUUGUCAAGUUUCACUUCUUCCAAAUAUCAUGUUUCACUUCUUUUAGUUAGGUCAGUUUCACAUAUUUGUUCACAUUGUUCCACCUGCAAGAUUCAUUGAUUCAUGUGUUUUAUGUUUAUUUUGAAAAGUUAAUGUAUAAACUUCCAUUGUAAAUACAACUAGGUUGUGACAUCUUCAUCUUUGACAUUGAAAAUGGUCAUCUCAUGGAAGAAUCUUUUUCUGCUCUACCUUUGCAACUGGCUUACAGCAGUCAGGAGCAGAAAUCCAUUUUUUUUUCCUUGUGAAAAUGAUACCCUUUCAACAAUCCUUGAUUGUCAAAAGAGGGGCCUAACGAAUGUUCCCACAAUUAAAUCUGUCUCUGUGCUCUCCAUAAACCUGGAAGGAAAUAAAAUCCAGACAGUGAAGAGCAAUGCACUUGCUGGAGUUCCGAAUCUUCAGAAUUUUAGCAUCAUGUGGAAUUGCCCUCCAGGUAAGCUGAAGGGUCCAGGAACUCGUUCCUGCAAACUGGAUAUUGCACCUGAUGCCUUUGUUCAUUUGAAGAACCUUAGUCAUCUUUUUCUGGGUGGAAACAGUUUGUUAUCUAUCCCACGUCUGCCUGGUGGUCUGAAAGUCCUCGGUCUUGAAUCAAGUAAUAUAUACAGAAUUAACACACCCUUGGGGACCCCGCAACUCAAGAUGCUGCUCUUGUUCAAAAACUGUUACUAUCGUAACCCCUGCAACCAAACAUUCUAUAUUAAUGAAUCUGUAUGGCAAGAACUGCGGGAGCUCACAAAUCUCACUCUGGGAUUUAACAAUAUCACCGCGGUUCCCAAGGGCCUUCCUCAGAACUUGACCAGCCUAGAUCUAAGAGAAAACAAGAUCAGUCAUAUUGAUGAGAUUGCAUUUGCCAAUCUGACAAGACUCACGUACUUGAAUCUGGAAUGGAAUUGCCAGCGUUGUGAUCAUGCGGCACAACCAUGCUUUCCCUGCUCAAACAACUCUGCCAUAAAUUUACAUCCCAAGGCAUUCCAAAACUUGAGCAAGAUUACCCACCUGAUCCUUAGAGGAAAUUCACUAAAGGACUUGCCUGAAGGGCUGUUCCAAGGACUACAAAGACUUACCUAUCUGGACCUUUCUGACAAUCUGCUGGCCUACAGCAUCAGAAAUGACUCUUUCUUCAGAGACCUGAAAAAAGUCAAGUUACUCAACUUGAUUUACAACUAUGAACCUCUGAAAACUUUCGAUGGCCUCAUAUUGUCGCCGUAUUUCAGUGAAAUGACUUCCCUGGAAGAAUUACUCAUCAGUGGGUAUUUUUUCCAUAAAUUGACUACACAGAGUUUAAGUCCUUUAAGGAACCUCCCAAAACUUCAAAAUUUGGAUUUACGUAUGAACUUUAUAAAUGAAUGCCAGCUUAGUAUAUUCAGUAACAUAACCUCUUUGAAAAAAGUUGUUCUCUCACAGAACAUACUGGAAUUUCCAUAUUGUUCACCUAACACCAAUCAAUUUACUUUCCAAAACCAAAAUCGAUUAACUGACAAAGUAAUCAUUACUCCAGAGGCAUUAAACUCUGAAGGCCAAUAUCUGGAAUCAAAUGAAAAAUAUUAUCAAAGCAUGCUGGAUUUUCAAAAACAGUACUGCCGUGGAAAACUGUUUUUUGACUUGUCACAAAACAACAUUUUGACUCUCCAGGAAAACAUUUUUCAAGGAAUGGACACAGUAGUAUGUUUAGAUUUGUCACUUAAUUAUUUGAGCCAGUCACUGAAUGGGAAGCAAUUUCAACACCUGAGCAACUUAGAAUACCUUAACAUGGCUCACAAUAGGAUUGAUAUGUAUUACGAUGGUGCUUUUAAGGAACUAAGAAAAACACUUAAAGUGCUUGAUUUGUCUAGUAAUGAAUUUCACUUUCGCAUGAAGGGCAUGGGCCAUCGCUUUGAAUUUAUUGAAAACCUGACAUCACUGAAGGUUCUGAGCCUGUCACAGAACAGCAUUGGAAUUCGCAUUUCUGUGGCACUCCAGAGCUCCUCCCUCAGGUAUCUUUUCUUUUCGGGCAAUCAUUUGGAUAUAAUGUGGGACAUGGCGGGUGACCAGUAUCUUCGUUUCUUUCAGAACCUUACAAAUCUUGCAUACUUAGACAUUUCCAGAAAUCACCUGAAAUCUUUUAAACCAGAAGCCUUUUGUAACCUUCCAAAAACACUGGAAGUUCUAAAGGUUAACAAUAACAAACUAAUAUACUUUCCUUGGCACAAUCUUACAGUUUUAAACCAACUUCGUUGCCUAAACAUCAGUGGCAACUUCCUAAGCGAGCUACCUAAUCAACCCAUUAAAUUUGGGCAUAAUUUAACUGUUUUAGACCUAAGCUACAACCAGAUUCGAUGGCUCCCAGAGAGUUUUUUCCACGAGGCCAGCUCUCUUAUGUGCCUUCUGUUGAAUCAUAAUAAGCUUAAAUUUCUUAAUGCCCAGUGCUUCCCGUCUCCGUUGACUGUAUCUCUUCAUAAAUUGACCCUUCAUGACAAUCCAUUUAUGUGCAGCUGUGAUACUUCAUGGUUGAUGGAUUUCUUAGUAAGCAGUACCAUUCAAAUACCUUACCUGACCACUGGCAUUAGGUGUGGUUUUCCAGAGUCUCAGAAUGAAAAGCUUGUGCUGUCAAUGGACUCCCGCUCAUGUCAGGAGAUCUAUGGAAGUGUAGGAUUUAUCAUUACCUCCUUCUUGACCAUUAUUUUUACUUUGGUUCCUCUGCUCAAGAAGCUUUAUGGUUGGGACCUUUGGUAUGGUAUACAGAUAUUUUGGGCUCAACAUAAAGGGUACUCUCAGUUACUGGGAAAACAAGGUCAGCAUGAUGCCUUUAUUGUUUUUGAUACUCUUAAUGCUGCUGUUACAGACUGGGUCUACAAUGAGUUAAUAGUUAAUCUGGAGAACCAAGGAAGGCAGAGAUUUAGUCUCUGUCUGGAGGAAAGAGAUUGGGUCCCAGGAAUUUCAUGUAUAGAAAAUCUCCAUAAUGCUGUUUAUAGCAGUAAAAAGACCGUGUUUGUGCUGACUAGUACAGGCUCAGUCAGUGGCAUAGCAAGGCAAGCCUUCAUUAUGGUCCAGCAACGUCUUCUGGAUGAAAAGAUUGAUACAAUUGUACUGGUUCUUCUGGAUGAGGUCUUUCCAAAGUCAAAAUAUCUUCAAAUGAGAAAAAUGCUCUGCAGAAAGUCAGUCCUCUCUUGGCCAAGAAACCCCCGUGCUCAUCAGCAUUUCUGGAACAAUAUGAGAGCAACAUUGGCUUCUGAUAACUGUCGUUCCUACAAUUGUCAUAUAAGUGAGAGUCUGUUGUCCAAUGGUUUGAUAUAGUAGUCAUAUGUGAAAAUUUGUUCACAUUCAUGAUAGGAAUAGUGUUCAAAUAACAUAUUUAUGUAGAAUGUUUUAGUAAAAAAUGCUAUUUGAUGGUGAUUCAGUGGGUAACACUUUUGUUUCUAGCAGGGUUGGGGCCAUUCCGGAAUGCAUUGAUCAAUUCCAGCCCAAAUCAGGAAAUGGAACUGGAGUUGGUACUUAAAUCUCCCUGAAAUUCAAAUUCAACUCCAAUUCUGUUCCCCGUAGUUUUUUUUUCCAAUCACAGCUCCAGUUCCAUUUCCUGAUUUGGACUGGAAUUGAUCAAUGCAUUCCGGAAUGGCCCCAACCCUGGUUUCUAGGGUUGUGUAUUUGUGUCCCUCUUCUGUAUGUUUGGAAUUUGCAGGUCCUCCUUGUGUUGUGUGUAUUUCUUCCCAAAAGCAAUUGACAGAUGCAACUGAAUGAUUUGGUGUCUCUAUGUUUUUAAUAGUGUGUGAUUCUGUGUGCCCUGUGAUGGAUAAAAGGUUGAAGGAACAAGUGGAAAAAAUUGUAUUGGAAUGCUCAGAAUGUUACAUUUGUAUUUAUGCUGUUGUCCAGGUUUUAUUAGCCUCACUGAAUGUCUUUAUAUUGUGGGAGGGAGCUGGAGAACCCAGAAGUAACACACACAUUCAGCCAGGAGAACAAACUCCACCCACAUAAAUUCAGAGAAAGGGAUUCAAAAGAGGGUUUGUGGCAACUUUGUCACCCACACAGAAAUCAUACCACUAAAGUGUUUCAACUUCAUUAACUGUAUAUUAUUUGUGAUCAUAACUAACAUGAACAUAAUGUGUAAGACAUACAAUUUUAUUUUAUGCUGGCAUGGAUUCUGGAAUUAUGACUGAUAAAAAAAAUGAUUACGCCUGCUUAGCUGUGGUGCAACUGUUUCCUCUCUCUGUACAUCCCACCAAAGAGGCUCAGUGCUCUGCCUAUUAGAAAACUGGACAUUUACAGGCGUUGACAUAGAAAAUGUAAACUAAAAAUGUGAAUUUUGCAUUCAUUUUUCGUAUGCUUUAUCCAGUCUUAUGCUAAGUAUUGCAGUUGUAAUUGAUCAAAAAAUAUACAGUCGCCCCUCCAGAUCACCGAAUUUGACAUUCAAGGUUUCGGUUAUAAGUGAUUUGGCCCUGAAUAUUUAAAUGGGAAUAUUUUCAAGCUUGCUGAAUAAUCCCAAAAACACGCAGAUGGCCCGUAAGCCAAAAACACUACUGAAAAUGAUUUGAAUUACAUAAAAUUAUAGAAUAUAUAAAUAUUAGUAUAUAAUAAUUGUGGAGAGUGCUGUAUUUUUAAUAUUAAAAGUCUUGGCUUUGAUACCCUGUGCAUCUUUGUCUCAGCAAUAGCGAUGGGAAGUUCGUUUCAAGUUACAGAACUGAUUCUACCAGACUAUUAGUUUAACUGAAUCAAUUCAAAGAAUCAGUUGGGGGGGGGAUAUAUACAGUUGAGUGCAAAAGUUUGUAUUCCCUCAGUUUGAAAUGCCAAAAUUAAACCUAAGAAAUGUAUUUUCAUCAACAAAAUAUUUUUAAUGCACAAGUUUUUACAAAGGCUCCUUCAACAACAAAAGUAACAAAAAUGGCCAAAAAGUAAAAAUUAAAAAGAAAGUGAUAGUGAAAUAAUGAAAAUAAUAAGUCCCCUGUUCUCUAAUACUUUAUACGUACUCCCUUUGCUUUUAUAACCUCUUCCAACCUCUUUGUGUAACCUCUGAGAAACUUCUGUAUCCUCUCAGGUUUUAUUUUAGACCAUUCUUCCUGGCAUAUUUGUUCCAAGUGUCCCAGAUUCCUUGGUUGUCUAUUAUGCACGGCCUUCUUCAAAUCUAUCCACAGGUUUUCUAUUAUAUAUGAAUCUGGAGACUGGGAUGGCCAUGGAAAAACUUUCACCUUAUUCUUCUUAAACCAUUCCUGAGUUGACUUUGCUUUGUGCUAUGGAUCUUUGUCUUCUUGUAGGAUCCACUCACAACUAUGACAUGCAGGUCUAAUUGAACACACCUGGUGCAACUCAUCACCACUAAACGCUGACAGUGCUUUUAAAGAUACCCAAUUUUAUAUAUUUCAUUUACAGGUUUUAUUACAGGGGAUAUAAACUUUUGAGCUUUCCAUUAAAGAUGAAUUUGGACUAAACAAUUAAAGGUUUUCAGAGAAAAAACAUAUAAAAAUUACUAUGGAAGAAUAUUUUGAAAACAAACUCUAAAUUAAAGGUAGAUUUUUUUUUUAUUAUUCAACCUGGGUCUAAGAGUGAUGCAAACUUUUGCACUCAACUGUGUUGCUGCACUUCCUCCAGUUACCUUUAUUAAUAAGUUUUUAAUAAAAUAUUUUUCAUUAA